GCCGACUUGCAUCCCCCGUCACCAACACACCGACAGCUACCUAAUCUACAGCCGCAUCUUGUCUCUCACAGCCGUCACACAAAAAUGCUGACAUCGGAGCACCAAACGCCUCCCGCAUGCACACAUGCACAGAAGCCGACCCGCCACACCGCCAAAGGAGCCAUUCGUCCCUCCCUACUACCUGCCUUUGACACGUCCUCUGUCCUUCAACCGAAACAGAGGCCUGACCACCGAUAAUUUUCCACCCGCCCCUUGUCGUCCAUGGGAGACGCUCCGCUCCCUCUGUCGCUGCACGUUGUCUUCUCGCCGCUGCCUGUUGCUGAGAACGAUGCUCUGCAGUGUCCUGAGUGCCCCUUGGAGAGCUACCUUCGUGUCGACCAACACGUCCUCACUCUUGCCGUAGAGUGUGCCGUGGGGGAAUGGAAAAGCUUUCUGCACAGAAGGACAGAAUGGAUGCGUCCUCUGCGAAUGUGUUUUGUGAGCAGCCAGCCUUCCGACCUCGAGGAUGACGCACCCAUUGGGAGCAAGGACAAGCAGCCCUCCCGCAGCGAAAUUGGCAUUCCCACUGCCACCCCGACGGCCGCCAGGAGAGAAGGCGCCACAGCCUAAGCCUUUGUAAAUGGACCCCAGCGGGUCAAGAAAGACCUCACCACCUGAAACCACACAGCACAGGCACCGAUCCAAACUCGUCGCUUCUCUCUUGUUGCCUCCCUCUUAUACAUUUGAGCUGCCUCAUGAGCACAGACAGCUCCUCGCAAGACCGGACAACAGUCACGAAACGAGGCGGCCCGACACCCUUGGCCUUUGCAUUCUGUUGCGGCUGCCCGCCGCCCGCCUCAGCGCCGCCUCCAAUGUGCAGAUGGGGGUGAGCUUCGAAGGACUCCCACGCCCCCGACCGCACGAAGCUCUGCAUCUCCGUGGCAUCCCGCCGGCACACGACACAGCUCGGCCUCCGUAUUGCAAACAGCACCAGGCCCGUGUCGGUCACCAAGUCCCUCACAUAGACGGGCGCGCCAACCGUGCAGUUGUGAUGAACUCUCUGCAGCGAAAUGGCGUCCAGCUCUGCAGCAACACGCACACAAUGAAUCAAAGAAUGUCAUGAGAUCGACUGGUGCGAUGGUCUCACCUUGAUACGGCCAGGCUUGCGUCAGGCGUGUGAAAACACUCCACAGCGCCAAGCACAGCCACACGCAGAUCUUCACCAUUGAUCUGCAGAUCAAUAAAGUCGUCGUUAACGAGAGCCGACGAGCCGAACAGCGUAUGGGCACUUGCUUCUGGACAUUUAGAUGCUGCAAACCUACUC